UAUCUAGAUUCAAAACUUUAGAACAGAAUAUGACCUCAAAUUUUGAUCGAUAUGCUUUUAUAGGAUUAGGCGGCAUGACUCCCAAUGGCAAUAAACCUUCAAAAGUAUCUUUCAACAAACUCUUUUGCCCCAUUGACCGUACAUUUUUCAAAACACAAGCAGUAAAAGAAGCCAUUGAAUAUGCCAAUAUAAUUUUUACUUUACUCGCUAACGAUAAUGCUGUUAAUCAAACUUUUAAUGAAUUAUUGAGUGAAUCGGAUCUUAUUGAUAACAGUAAGAAAAAAAAGUUAUAUUUGUUGAAACAAGCACGAUUGAACCAACCACAGUUGGCACUAAGAGAAAAGGUUGAGAAUGCAACAAAUAAAAUUUUAUUAUAUUGUCCUGUUUUGGGUCUUCCUGAAGCUGCAAAGAAUUCACAGCUAUCAAUUAUCCCUUCUGGCAACCAAGACACAAUUAAUUACAUGCUACUAUUAUUAACAACUGUGUUAGGAAAGAAGGUUUUACCUGCGGGUUAG